UCACACUCUUACGGUUAUGACCUGAUAACACUUUUACGAUUACGACCUGAUCACACUGUCAAGAGGAUACAAAACAUAUCGACCAACAUGGACCACAUCCGACUCAGCGUUAGCAAUAACCGACUCAUUACAUUGGCCAUGAGUGACUCGCAGCGAGUGCUACUCUUGUCGUUAAUAAUUGACAUGUCAAAUUGCUGA